CGCCCGAUGAAAUUUCGCUCUUUAAAUACGAACGCAGGUUCGGGUCAAACAGGUAGUCGUUGGACAUCAACAGUUGUGGAGUCUACGCAUCAUCACUGCAAGUCGACAUUUUCGAUCAUUUCUUUAUCGAACCGGAAGACGAUAUACAGAUUAAUAAUGAGUGGAUCCUUGACAAUUAUCGGUUUGGUGUGUUUGCAAAUAUUGCGCGUAAUGUCAAUCAACGAAUACCCAGAGAAGAAAGUACAAAAUAUUUGGUUGACCGACAUGGACGAUAGACAACCCGCAUCCAGGAUCGAACGCAGUGAUCAGUUCGAAACGGCUAAUGAUGUCAUAAUGAAGGACGCAAGUGUGUACCCGAAAAUUACCCGCCGUGGGUUUGCGGGAGAAGAAUUUUUUUUAAAGGCAUCGAAGUCGGUGCCCAGGAUUGGUCGUAGGAAUAACGAUAUUCAAGAAUCACCCAAAAGAUCGUUGAGUAAAGACCAAGUGAACAUGGUGGAAUAUUGGCCGUACUUGCAGCCAAACGACAUCAACGACAUGACCAGGAAACAUGACUACGACUUGCCGUACAACUGCCAACAACUGGACGCUAAAUCCAUUUUUUUGGUAGAUAUGUAUAACUUCGUGUGCAACGAUCAGUUCUAUUGUUGUGCGCCAGCGAAACGCACCAUAGCCAAUUCUCUAAACGCGAAUAACUUGUGAAAACGCGGAGCACAUAUUACCACACUAUAAUAAUACUAAUAAUAUGUAGUCAGUCUUAGAUUAAUGGGGAAUAUGAUUUUGUUUAUAAUUAUAAUAAUUAUUCAUAUUAUUCAUCACUUA